AUGAGGCAUCCGGUUGAUUCAUUGGGGUGGGAAAUGAUAAAUAGAAAGUGGCCACAUUUUGCAUCAGAUCCUAGAAGUAUUAGAUUAGGUCUUGCCACCGAUGGAUUCAAUCCUUUCAAAGAUCUUAGCUCUAAAUAUAGACCAAAGCAGCCAGGUAAUGACAUAGAUGUUUAUCUAGCAUCACUUAUAAACGAUUUAAUAUUGUUAUGGAGUGAUGUUGUUGAGAUGUAUGAUGCAGUUGCAAAGUCUACAUUUAACUUAAAAGAUAUUUUGAUGUGGACAAUACAUGGCUUCCCUGCUUACAAAAAUGUGUCUGGAUGGCCCGUCAAAGGAAAAAUUGCAUGUCCCAUUUGUCGUGAACAUACAUGUUCAGUAUGGUUGUCACAUUGUAGGAAGUUAUCAUACAUGGGACAUAGAAGAUUUCUUGCAUUAAGUCAUCCAUUUCGCGUGAAAAGGAGCUGGUUUGAUGGACAUAUUGAAAAUGGCAUUAGGCCAAAGAUAAAAACUGGUGAAGAAGAUUCCAGUGAAGUUGAUAAAAUUUAUCUCAUGGCACAAGUAAUGUUUGAUUUGCAGACUUUGCUUAUACGUCAUAAUUUGGAUGUGAUGCACGUUGAAAAGAAUAUUUGUGAGAGCAUCAUUAAUACACUUUUGAAUGUGAAAGGAAAAUCGAAAGAUGGCAUUAACUGUCGUAAGGACUUGGAAGCUAUGAAUAUUAGGCAUGAUCUACAUCCUGAGAGUAGAGGAAAUAAAUUUUACUUACUUGCAGCUCCUCACACUUUAUCAAAAGCAGAAAAACAAAUGUUUUGCAAAAGGCUUGCUACCUUGAGAUUACCUGAUGGUUAUGGUUCUAAUAUUGCAAAUUGCAUUUCAGUGGAAGAAUUUAAGAUAGUUGGAUUGAAGGCUCAUGAUUGUCACCUUUUAAUGCAACAAUUACUAUCAGUUGCAUUGAGAAGACUUCUUCCUAAAGGACCAAGAAACUCCAUUUUUAAAUUGUGUUCAUUUUUCAAUGAAAUCUGUCAAGGAGUUGUAGAUAGGAAUAAGGUUGAAAUUUUAGAAGAGGAUGUUUCUGAAACUUUGUGCAUGUUGGAAAGGUAUUUUUUGCCUUCCUUUUUCGAUAUAAUAGUUUAUUUAACAAUUCAUAUUGGAAGAGAAGUUCGUCUAUGUGGACCAAUUCAAUAUCGUUGGAUGUACCCAUUUGAGAGGUAUAUGAAAGUGUUGAAAGGAUAUGUUAUGAAUCAUGCAAGACCUAAAGGGUGCAUAGCUGAACGAUAUAUUGUUGAAGAAAAUGUGAUGUUUUGUAGCAAAUACAUAAAACAAGCAUCUGCAAUCGGCUCUAAGACUGCAAGCAAUGAAGAGUAUGAGAGUGACUUCUUAGUUGCAGGGCGUCCAAUUUCUAAAGGGAAGCCACUUGUACUAUCUGAUUAG